AGACAAAAGACAGAGCAAAGCAAAGCCAUCACCGUCCUUGUCGGUUAAAACCUCUCCAUUUAAUAUCACCACCGCACGUCGAAAAGGCUUCGACUUGUAUAGCGAAAUAACAUCAUCCAAUCUCUCAUUGGCGAUUUUCCUCAUCUCGUUCCUUGAACAGAUUUUUACAUCAUCCAAUGGAAGGGAACUUCUUCACCACGUCUGAUACUCAACAAGCACAUGACGAUGCCUUCUUAGCCAAACAAAAACCUAACCUCGUCACGGGUCCAGUUGGAGGAGGUCAAAACGCCAAUGAAAGUGGCUGUUUUGAUUGCAACAUCUGCCUAGACACAGCCCAUGAUCCGGUGGUCACUCUCUGCGGACACCUUUUCUGCUGGCCUUGCAUUUACAAGUGGUUGCAUGUUCAGUUAUCAUCCGUCUCCAUCGCUCAGCACCACAACAACUGCCCUGUCUGCAAAUCCAACAUCGCCGUCACCUCAUUGGUUCCUCUCUACGGAAGAGGCAUGUCUUCCGGGUAUGGCUCCAAGAAACAAGACGCAGAGUCCGCAGUAGUAAUACCACGGAGACCUGCUCCAUCAGCGUUGUACAGUCCAAUCACCUCGGCGGCAUCACCUCUGAACCACCCAAGGCUACAACACCAUCAAACAAUGUCUCCGACGUUUCACAGCCACAACCAGUACGCCCCUCGUGGCUUCACAACAACGGAAUCAACCGACCUUGCGAAUGCAGUCAUGAUGAGUUUCCUCUACCCGGUGAUUGGAAUGUUUGGGGACUUGGUUUACACCAGGAUAUUUGGAACCUUCACAAACGCAAUGGCUCAGCCUUACCAAAGCCAGAGGAUGAUGCAGCGUGAGAAAUCUCUUAACCGUGUAUCCAUAUUCUUCUUCUUCUGCAUCAUCCUUUGCCUCCUUCUCUUCUAGCUCUCUCCCCCUCCCACUUGUAUAGUUUUUGAAAUGUAUAUAGACUGUAAACGUUAUAACAACUAUUGUUACAUAUACGUGCCUGUAUCUAAACUUCAUGAAUAUAUAUUUGUUGGAGAAUCAUAUGAACUCGUUUAUCAUCUA